AUGGCGUCCACACUCUUGUCCUUUACCUCCAAACCGCGCGUUUUUAUUCUCACAGACAUCACCAACGAGCCGGAUGAUACGCAGUCCUUCUGCCGGUAUCUUACCUAUUCCAAUCAGUUCGAUACUGAAGGCAUUGUGCCGGUCACCUCAACAUGGCUGCGAGACAGAGUGGCGCCUGAAGCUUUGCAUCAGGUCGUCAAUGGCUAUGAGGCAGUGGUGGGCAAUUUGAAUUCUCAUGCACACCCGGAUUCGCAGUAUCCCUCUCCCGAUACGGUGCGCUCUCUCAUCAAACCUGGCGCUCCCGUUUACGGAAUGGAGGCUGUCGGCGACGAUAUUCCUCUUAGCCCAGGUGGUGAGCUGCUGCUGGAGAGCGUCCUCAAGCAAGACGACCGCCCACUCUGGGUGCUAGUUUGGGGAGGCACAAACGUUCUUGCUUCGGUGCUUCAUCGCAUAAGAGACCGUCCCGAAGCUAAAGAGCUGCGGGCCAAGCUCCGUGUCUACACGAUUUCAGAUCAGGAUGAUACAGGCUCCUGGAUUCGCCAGCAGUGGCCUGAAAUCUUUUAUAUCUGCGCCGUCCAUGGCUGGAAUCAGUACUUCUCAGCCGGUUGGCUUGGAAUCACCUCGGACUUGGGCGAGCACGGCGGCCCAGACCAAAGCAUCGUGUCCAAUGAAUGGUUGAGGAAGCAUAUCCAGAUAGGACCGCUUGGAAAGGAGUAUCCUGAUGUCGAGUACGGCAUGGAAGGAGACACUCCGACCUUCCUCUAUUUGAUCCAGAACGGUCUCGGUGUUCCCGAACAGCCAUCCUGGGGAUCAUGGGGUGGCCGGUUUCUACCUGUGAAUGUUAGCGACAAGGGACUUCCCAAGCAGGGCCACAUUGCAGACGCUGCGGACAAGGUUAAAGGAAUGGAUGGCAAGGAUUAUAUAUCCAACAAGGCCACAAUCUGGCGUUGGAGAAGCGCUUUUCAGAACGACUUUGCCGCUCGGAUACAAUGGACGUUAACCUCUGACUUUUCAAAGGUCAACCAUAGUCCUGUAGCAGUUGUGAACGGCAACAAAGGACUCGACACUGUCUUCAUCGAUGUCAAGGCUGGCACUACUAUUGUGGUGGAUGCCUCUGAAAGCUACGAUCCUGAUGGGGACGCGAUAUCGUUCAACUGGUUCCAAUACCAUGAACCCAGUGCGAUUCACUACUUUCACCUCUUUGAGGUCGUUGACCUUGGCAUAAAACCUCUUGGGAAUGGCGAGAAAGUAGAGGUGACUGUGCCUCCUGCUGAAAAAUCCUGCUAUAUUGAGAGACAGAAGCGCGCGGUUGAAAAGGGCUCACCGCUGCACCUGAUCCUGGAAGUGAAGGACAACGGCACACCGCAAAUGACUUCGUAUCGCAGAAUUGUAAUUCAGCCUCUUAGAGAAGCCCCAUAG